AUGGCAAUUUUUAAAUCAAUAUCAUCAAUUUCAAACCCAACUGGUUCAAUGGGAAGUUCAAUUGGUACCUCUAAUAUUGAUGGAUUAACUAAUAACAAUAAUUCAAUUGCAUGUUUUGAUAGUGACUAUAGUGGUUUAAAUGGAUUAGGUGGUCUUGGUGGUUUCAAUGGUGGUGGUUGUGGUGGUUGUGGUGAUUCAAACACAAACAUUAUUAAUAUUGAUAUCGAUUUAUGUCGUCGUGGUCAUAGAUGUUGUUAG